UUAUGGCAAGUGUGUUACCAUUUAUUAUGAGUAAAAGGCUCUUUUUUUUCAAGAAAGCAUACAAUAUAUAUUGGCGAAUAAUAAAUAUGCUUGUUCGGUCAAAAUUUUGCAUUUCUGAGAUUUCUCAAAUUGUAAUCAAGCUUUGCAUUGGUUUAUUGGCUUGCCUUUUUUUCAUCAGAGGUCCACGUCAAUUUUUUCUUUACUUUGCUGCUAAAUAGCUGCUUUUCUGAACUGUUCUACAACUUUACAGCUUCUAAUUCAGUUUAGUCGUAUCUAUUUCUAGAUUCGCAUUUUUGAUACCAUUACAAGUUUACUUCCGGCCCGAACCUCCCAAGCUCUCGGAAAGAUGUCACUACUAGUACGACCUUCUUCCAAAGCAGCUCUGAAAGCAUUUGCAGAGCAACUGGGACCUUUACCUGCCGCACGUGCAUUCGGACAUCGAGAAGUACAAAAAGUGUUUGAGGCUAUUAAAAAAUGCUCGGACAAUAUCUUUUACGACAGAAUCCGAAUUAUGGGCGGAGACGAGCAGAAAACGAGUUGCUGGGCGACCCUGGAUUUUGACUGUGUGGCGUUUGUAAAUGUAGACGAGCAGUUCUGGGAUCCAAUCAAUUUGGAACAGAGAAUUGAUGACCUUGAGAAGCGAGUUGUAAGAUCGUGGGAGCUCAACUUGGCUAAAAAUUUACCAGAAAUAACGGUUGAAUUUCCAAAUGGUUGCAAAUGGGCUAAGUUAGAGUGGAAUAACUAUAGUCUUACUGCAGAUAUUGUAGUUGGCGUUAAUACAAUUACAGAAAGCGAUCGGAUUGAGAAUUCAGCUUCUGGAGAGAAGAAACGUGCGGAUCUUCAAAGCGAAAGAGUUAUGAGAGCUGUUUCAAAUUUUGGCAAAAGUGAAGCUGAUCAAAACAAAAUUUUGAAGAAAGAGAUCAUAUCAGUUUCUGUUAUGGAGCGUUCUUCUUACUUGAUGACCCAAAAACCGGCUCUAAAUACUGAAGUGGCACGCCUGGCAAAAUUUUGGGCUUUGAUAAACAAAGCUGUUAAAAUGAAGGGCUUAUCAUCAUUGAUUUCCAUCAUUGCAAGCGAUUGUAACUCAAACCUGACAUUGCUGGAGGCCUUUACUAAGUUUUUGGGAAAAAUUGCUAAAUGGAAAGAUCUUUCAAUUGAUCAUUCUCUGGACAUAAGAGGAAUACCGAAAUUACAUCAGAAGCCAAAAGUAGUUGACCCAGGAAACAUCUUUGACAACUACCUGAAAGCAAAGUCUGGCUCAAACACAUUGGCAGUCUUCAAAAAAAGGUCACUUAAAACAAAGAAACAGUUGAGUACAAUUUCUGAAAAUUCAGACUGGGCUUCGAUUGCCGACUGCUUUCUUCUUGACAGAUAUCCGAGGCUAGAUAAAAGACUCUUCAAAACGGUGAUCUUUGAAAUUAAAAUUUCAAACAACCACGCUCUUUUUCCUCAAGUUAGGGUUGGAAAAAAAGGAAGAAAACAUCGCUUCAUUGCUCAAGUUUUUCUUCUCAUGAAAAUUGCUGCAUCUUUCGUACCAAGAUUAAAUUGCGACGGAAGUCCUCGAGAUACUGCGUUAAUCGCAAAAGAUCUAAAGAUGCUCUUGACCACUCGACUCAAUGCUACUUUUGUUUCCUCUAUCUCUUCUCAGCAGAAGAAGAACAAAACUCACAUGAGUUUCGAGCUUCCUGUGGCAUCUGAAGAGUCGUCCCUGGCCAUCGAGGGAUUUGUGUAAUUGUUGUAAUAAGUAGUUUUGAUAUACAAUUAUU